CACAUACGCGCCCUUUCCAAAAAUUUUAAUAAUGGCACGGAAUCUUCAAGGUCUUCUUCGCCUUGCUGUUGAAAACUCUGAGGAUGCACCAACAGAAGUCAGAGACCCUAAGGAUGCCGCAUGGUUAAAAGAAGCACUGACGGCACAUACUGUCGAUUUAGGUAAACAAUUAACUGAAGACGUUCAGAGGUUAUCAUCACUUUUAUCAUCAUCGGAGCCUGAUUUAAAUGAAAUGAAGGAAAUUAUGGAAGAUCUAUUAACCCUAACUGAAGACCUAGACCUUUCAAAUGACUUUUCAGUUAUUGGGGGUCAAGAUGUUCUACUUAAAUUGUUGUUUUGUGGACCACACUCUUUAAGAACAGAUGCACUACGCUUACUUGCGAAUCUCACACAAAACAACCCUAAAGCUCAAAGUAUAUACACUCAAAACGGAGUUUUAGCGCGGUUGAUUUUACUCGUUGAAGAGGAAAAUGAUCUUGAAUUCUUAAGGUAUUUGUUUUUGGCUAUUUCAUGUCUUACACGAGGUUAUGCAGCAGGCAUUUCAAUUUUUAUGGAAUCCAACGGUAUCAAUCUUCUUCUCGGUGCUCUUAUCAAACAAGCAGAAACUGAAAAAACAGAAGAUCUUCUGCGUCUGGUAGACAGAGGCGCAUUUCUAAUUUAUUGUGUAUUACAAGGAUUGUCUCCUAAUAAUUUGCCAUCUGAUUCUCUAACUAUUGCGCACAAGUUAGCAGAUCUCUUGCGUCUUUUGGACAGUCCUCAAGAACAUUUGUUGGCCAGCUUAACGGUACUCUUAUGUCCAUUAGAUACUAGCUCCAACGACAAAGGAGUUAUUCAUUCUGAAAAAUUCGACAAAUCCUUCGCUACUUGGCUACAACGGCACUUUGAUGAGCUUAACAAGCUGAAUGAUCCAGCUGAUGAAGAACGAUGCGAGUAUAUAAACCGUUUACUAAAAGUUUUGAAAUGAGAUUAACCAGUAUGAAAUCGAUAUUUUGUAAUAAUAUAUUUCACGUCAUUUCUUUUCCAUAA